GUAGUCCCUCCCCGGGCCAGAGUGAGCACAGGGAGCCUGGGCUGCUAAAUGCUCCAGCCUCAAAGGGACGAUGGUGGAGGGCUGGUAAAGAUGGCGGCGCUCUCCGAGGAUGGGAGAUACGGAUUAAAUUGUGGCCAACAGAGCGCAGAUAGAGUCACCGUAUUACACGUCAAAUUGACAGAGACAGCGCUGAGAGCAAUAGAGAGCUACCAAAAUUGUAUGAAUGUACCUUCUUUGCAGCCAACAAUACAAUUCAAGGGACUCCAAGGGCGCAUUAAAAUUCCCAAGACCGAUUCCUCCUCAGACACCUCUCACAAUUUUGAUUUCUACCUGUCUAAUGUGGGCAAGGACAACCCUCAGGGAAGCUUUGAGUGCAUCCAUCAGUAUGUGUCGAGCUCAGGGGCCUCACACCUGGCAUUGUUGGCGACUGUACAGGACAAGGUCACAGUGUGUGCCACAAAUGACUCCUACCAGGUGACCCGGGAACGCAUGACCCAGGCCGUGGAGGACACACGUGAACGUGGGACCAAAGUCAUUAAGCCUGGGGGCCAGUACAGAGGAAAGCAAGUCCAUAUCCGUAAGCCGGCGCUAUCAGCCCCAGAUGUGGUCCCAGAGCGCAAGCGCUCCACACCAAUCAACCCAGCCAACACUAUUCGUAAGUGCCUUUCCAAUAACCCUGUGUCCCAGCGGCCGUUCCGGGACCGCAUCAUCCACCUGCUGGCGCUGAGAUCUUACAAGAAGCUGGAAGUGGUCGCCCGUUUGCAGCGGGAUGGUAUAAACCAGAAGAACAGAAACUCAUUGGGGACCACCCUGCAACAGGUGGCAAACCUGAACCCCAAAGACAACACAUAUUCAUUGAAGGACUUUAUUUAUCGUGAUGUCCAGCGAGACUGGCCAGGCUACUCUGAAGAUGAAAAGUCCCAGGUUGACCGGAUCCUGGCUCGCAAAUUGGGGCUUGCUACUGAGACCCUCUCAUCAAGCAGUUCUCCCAAAGACAGUGUCCCCACAUCCCCCCAGAAGCGCCAGUCAGACUUUGACUUCAUUGAUCCUUUGGCACCCAAGAAAGCCCGCAUCUCCCACCUCAGCAAUCGAGGGCCAGCCCCGUCUUCGUCUGACCGCCGUGAGGACGAGGGCAGCCCCAGCUCUAGACACUCGUCCCUACCCUCCAAUGUCACCUCGGGCCCGCCCACCCAUCUCCCCAUCUCGUCCCACCCCCCCGCACCCUCUCACCAGCAGCCCAGCCCAGCCUCCAACUCCAACUCACCCAGCACCCCAGAGGGCUGUGGCACCCAGGACCUGCCUAUGGACCAGAGUUCCUCCUGCAGAGACCCUGCAUCCAGCCCCUUCUCCUCCAAUAGGACCCUACAGGACUGCUAUCAACACCCUGUCCCCGUCCCAAGACCAGCCGCCUCUCCUAGCCCCCCUCCUCUUCCUUGUACCUCACUCACAGUUACAUCCACUGUCAUCACCAGCCCCUCCUUGUCCAGCAGCACCAACAAGAAGUUUAAAAAGAAAUCCAAGAAGCACAAAGAUAAGGAUCGAGAGAGGGAGAAAGGGAAACGGACAGAAAAAGGUAGCAGAAGUCCUCCUAGUGUAGCAGAACAAGCUGAAGAAACUCGUAGAGCUAAAAAGCAGCGAAGUGCUGAGGAAGAGAGCAGAGACCUUCUCAACAAGAAUCCGCACAAAAAUCAAGACUCAUCAGAAAAAGAGAAGCCAGUUCAAUCCACUGAAUUCUCCUCCACAAUUGAGAUGCCCGACUAUGUAGUGAAGUACAUGCCCAUGGUGUCCAUGGACCAGCGGCAAAGCUACAAGAAUGACUUCAAUGCAGAGUAUGAGGAGUAUCGCCUGCUACAUGCCCGUGUGGAGAGCAUCACCCGCCGCUUUACCCAACUGGAUGCCAAGUGCCGGAAGCUGCCACCUGGCACCAAAGAAUACCAGAAGGUGCAAGAAGAAGUCUUGAAAGAGUACAAAAAGAUGAAACAACACAGCCCCAACUACCAUGAGGAGAAACAGCGCUGCGAGUACCUGCACAACAAGUUGGCCCACAUCAAGCAGCUAAUAGCUGAUUUUGACCAGCGCAGAGCCCAGGCCUGGUGCUGAGAGCACAGCACACAUCUUCACUAAUCAGUAUUGAAAAAGGAGUGUCUAACCAGAAGAGGGUGUCUAACUGGCUGUUAUUUAUUAACACCCCUUCAGUUACUGCCUCCACAACAGCCCCUACCCACCACCUAUCUUCCUUCCCUUUUCUCAUCAUCCUUUUUCAUUCCUUGCUUCUUUUCCAAUCUUUGAUUCCACUGGCAUCAUUGUUGCCUACAAUGUUGAUAAUCUUACGUUGACUUCACCCCAUCUUUUGCUUUCUCUCGGUUUCUUCUCAAUGAGCUCCUGUGGAAUUUGAUACCACUGGACCAGUGGAAGGGGCUGCCUGCAUGUGUGAAGGGGUUCGGGGAAAAUCUUCAACGCUUCUAACUUUUGAAGAACUUUAUCUUCAGGCAAAAAAAAGAGAACAAAAGUAUUUUUUCAGUAUCAGAGAAAAUAUUAACUUGUAUUUAAGUAAAAAAAAAAAAAAAAGAGGGAGAUCUAUUUAUUAUGUGACUCAAAGUGCAAAGAAGAGUCCGCAGAUGAUAUAUUGUUUAACUUUUUGUUGAAAACCAUGCAAAAAAAAUGACCGCAGGCCUUAUGUGUUUUGACUCUGUGAAGCCAUUUUGCACGCAAGAUCCAUUAUGUCAUCUCAUUUGGCAAAUAUGACUCUCCUGCCUUAGUUCCUCUUGUCUUAAAGACUGUACUGGAUAACCUUUCUUCAACACAUUACUGUUUGUUUGAGGCUGAAGGGGAGGGGUGAGACAGGCAGGAGAAAUCACUUGAGCUAGUAUGUGUGCAUGGACUGUUAAUUUAGUUGUAAUGGCCACAUGGGGAGGGUGGGUUAACUAAAGGAGUAUGAUCCCCUGUCAGUAUGGGGAAGUAUUCUUUGCACCAACAGAGUUUAGUCUUCACAGUGCAUUACGGGUGCCUUAAGUAGUUAACGCUCAAAUGUAGUGUUGGUCCAACCCUUAGGGUCCACACAAAGGAACUAUAACUGCCUGGUAACAGGUUGUGUGUGUGCGUGCGUGCGUGUGUGUGUGUGUGUGUGUGUGUGUGUGUGAGAAAGAGAGGGGUGACUGGUGUAAGGAAAACCAUAAAUGUUGAGAAACAAAUAAGAAACAUGAAAAACAAAAAAAGCUGCUAUAGUGUUCAACCACCCAGAGCACUCAGGAUCAACUUGGCUGGAAUAACAGUACCUGGUCCUAACUGAAGAGAAAUAGAGAAUACUUAUUUUCCAGAAUGGUGCAUCUCUGCGUUCACCUCUUCAGUGUUAUCCAGCGGCAAACUUCCUGUAUUGAAGUUAAAAACAUGUCAUCCAUCAGAAGACAAAUCUGUAUUUUUGAUUUCAAAUGGAUUUGAUUAUCAAUUUGAGUUCUACAGAGCAGUGGAAGAUUUCAGAGUAGUUUUUUUUUUUUUAACAUUGCUACAAAUUUAGUUGGAUGGAUGAAUGGCUUCUAUGAAAAGUCUUUAUUUCAACUUUUUCAAGGGAAAAUGUGUUUACAAACCUGUGUUAGAAUGUUUGCCAAAAUUAAAUAAUUUUCUGGUACUGCAUCCAUUGAGUAACAUUUCUGAUUGGGGCUUUACUUUAGGAGACAUUAAUACUGGAAUACAUGUCUCAUUCAAUGAAGAAAAGUACAACACCAUUACAUUUGGGGAUGUGAAAUGGAACUGAGUCACUGUGCCCCCAGAAAGGCCGAUCAUUGAAAGAUGUUGACUCCACUUUUGUAGUGGUUGGUCCCUUCUCAACAGUUAGUUCUGAUUUGGUCUAUAUUCAGCUAGUGUAGACAUGUGGGAGUCUGUGUCCUGUAUUUGGGAACAUGUAGCCCCCUUUUUUUUUUUUUCCUCCGGAAAUGGAGAUUUAAGUAAAUAUUGGCCAGUUCUAUUUCUUAAUUUCCUAUUUUGGUUGUGGUUGUCUUGGUUGUGGCAUUCUAUCAAAUAGUCAGUCUCUGCAGCAGACUGGCUCUUUUGUUCAGCUGUCAGAAUCAAUUUAACAUAACUACAGACCUGGCCUGACUUGUCUCAAGUUAUUUUGGACAGAACAUCAGCACUUGUAUCUUAGAUGGGUUACAACAGCAGAUAAGAAAUGUUCACAAGAGUUCAGGCGCUACUUGAGAUUUACACUUACUUUAGCUGUUGGCUACAGGAUCAGUGUUUUGGUUUAUUUUUUUCAUGGUUUCCUUUGCAAUGGCUCAGACAGUAAAGGCCAACAAAUGUAUGGUGGAGGACCGGGCUUAACAUGCAGCCUUCAAGGUUUUACCAAUCAUGUGUGUCCUCUUCUUAGCCUUCUGAGCAUUUCUGAUCAACAUGAAUUAUCGUUGUAUGACUCAUGUGGCGGAAGGGACCAAGGAAAGAGGUUUGAUCAAGAGUCUUAAUAAGAAAGUGACCCUGGCAGAUAUGAGAAUCCACUGAAAAUCAAGUGAAUUUUGAGUGAAAUCUGAUCUUGCCCAGCUGAAAAUGUAUGUGUACUUCAAUAAAAAUCUAUAUAGUUUUAA